AAUGUCACAUGAAAUGAAUUGUCAUUUCUCCAACUCACAUAUUUGAAACAGAAUACAACAAAUUAUUAUUAAUAAUUUUUCAAAAAACUAGAGCUCUGCAAUAAUAUCUUAAAGGGGUAAAAAUGAGUGAGAGUUGGUUUUGUGAACAAAUAGAAAACCUAAGGAUCCAGGAGAGUCGUCUAUCAACUCUGUCGGAAAUACGUGUUCGUUUGAGUGAAAUUGAUGGAUCUAGGAACGAACAGUUGGAUGUUCUCGUCAUUAACCGCUUACUUAGCGCUCCGGAAAUGUAUGACUGCUUAGAAGAUGGCCAUGAAUCCUAUCAACUCGUUACAGAUAUAUUGUCAAGCUGCAUGUCUCACCUAUCCAUAAAUCAGAGUAACCUGCCGUCUCUUUUGCGACGGGCCUUAACACAUCCGCAGCCUCGGAUUCAAGCAUUGGUGUUUAACACAAUAUUGAAAAAGCUACAAAGAGAACGAAGAGAAAAUCCCAACUCCGAUAUACCCGCCGAACUGGUAUAUCAUGUUUUAAAGGGUCUACGUCAUGAAAGACCUGAAGUCGGGGUGCCUGCAAUUGGAAUAUUAUCAAUUGUUCUUAAAUCACGUAUUGCUGAAGAAUCCGUCAAAGGCAGUUUACUAGAUAUGCUAUCUAGUAGUGAAACCAUUAAAUGCCGUGCUUAUGAGCUUGCUGUAAAUCUUGCAAAACAAUCUCCGUAUAUGCUUCAGCAAUCUGAGUUUUUACUGGACCGUGCUCUGUCAGAGCUCGAUAACGAUGAUGUGCUUUUUCAAGUUAAUAUUCUUGAAAUACUGGUACCACUUGCGGAACAAAAUCAUGGAUUGCUUUAUCUUGAAGAAAGACGAGUUUUUGAAAUUAUUAGCAGAUGUGUAGAAAAUCCAGAUCAAAAUCCAUUAGAUCACUUACUCAUUCCAGGUAUUUUAAAAUUUUUUGGUAAAGUCGCGUCGGUGCAACCGGAGAAGAUGAUUAUUGGAUAUCCGCGUAUGAUACAAUGCUUCUUUGAAAGCUUUCUUGCCGGUGACGUAUCAAUAUUACCAACAUCAUUUGAUACUUUUGCGAAUCUUACACAAUCAAAGAAGGGAAAAUUGCUUUUGGACCAAAUAUAUCCAGCGCUAAUAAAAGAAAUACUUGAAGAAAUCACUUCAUAUUUAAAGAAUCUCUCAACAGAUUUAAAAAAUCGGGCAUUCAGCACGUUAGAAAUAGUUUUUUCGACAGAUGGAGUAAAUGACAAAGAAAUAGAAGAAAUGCUGCGGAAAUGGUUCAGUUAUUUAUCCGGCGCCGAAAACAUGCAGUUUUUGAUGGAUUUCUGCCGCAAUCCGUUUCCAGAUAUCAAAGUUGCGUGUCUAAGCUUUAUCAAAUCUGUUUGUCUCCAUAGAUGGGGCAUUGUAGCGCUCAAAGGCACAGCCGGAUUUGUUGAGUAUUUACUGGAUCGGAAAAUUGAGUUUGAUAAGGAGGCGAAGUACAAGAAGUUCGAAUUAAUUAGUCUAUUGGCAAAUAGCGAUGUUUUCGAUAUCCAAAUUAAACUUCAAUUACGAACUUAUGUCAACGAAGGACCUUACUUUAGACAAAGCAUAAUGGACAUUGCUACUGAAGGCAAUUAAUAUAGUAAUCUCUGUAAUUCUUCUAACCCUAGAUAUGCAUUUGUAUAUCAUAAUCAAUAUUUCGACUGUAAGCGAAACAUUUUCAAAUUUUAUCAACAAAACUGACACGAGAACUUCAGUUAUGGGUU